GCAAUCUGCCGAAGAAGAAGAAGAAGAAAACCCGGAAGAAGGUUCGGUGUUUUCGCAUGGAUGUCCAGGCGGGAAAGUUCACCUAGGAAGUAAACAAACUAAAUGGUGAGACAUCUUCACCAUGCCGUCCAAACAGCAGGGUGUGGCCACGAGGAAUAUCUCCCCCGUGCUAUUUCUGACCGUGGACGGUGAGCCCAUGUCCUUCUUCUUGCGGCCGGGUCCUGUUAAACGCAAGCUCCAGCCGCUCAUCACAGCUGGAGGAGGGAUGUUGUGCAAUGUCCAGCAGCCAGGGGCAAUCCUGCUGAUUGACCCAGAGGAAAGAGGCUCUGUUCCUGAAACUACGGCUCACUGGAGCAAAAUACACAACCACCCAGACCCUCCAUUGUCCAGGUACGUGUCCGCCCAGUACAUUGACGACUGUAUUGAGACGGAUGAACAGCUGAAUUUAGAGGACUACAGGUUAAAUCCUGAAGUGGUCCCGAGACACUCUGCUAGACUCAACAAUAACAAAGAGCACUCUCCUGGAUUCUUAGGAGGCAGGGUUGCCUACACACCUGAAGAUGACGCUGCCAUUUUGAGUUAUGUCAGCAAGCACAAGACAGAGACUGGAGGAAACCGCCUUUGGCAAGAGAUGGAGAAGCAGCGUGUGACCAGUCACAGCUGGCAGUCAAUGAAAUACCGUUAUAGAGUGCGACUGGCAAAGAAACAGUCAGAAGUUGUGGAGGUGGCAACAAUAGAGGAAGACACCAAGGCAGCAGAGGGAGAGACCAAGGUAGAGGGAAAUCAAGAGACAGACGUUGCAGAAGAUGCUGCUUCUCCUCAGACACAUUCAACAGCAACAGAACCUCUUCAGACACAUUCAGCAGAAUCAGACCUAACACAGACAGAUGACCGUUCCAUACCAGCUGAAAGCACACAACCAGAAAUUGUAGAGGCUCAAAUAUCCGUCUCUCCCCGAGGAGAAGUGCAACCUGUGAGCCCACAGACAGAUAAACAACCAGCUGUGAGCACACAAGUAGAGACUGCAGAAGCUGAAACACCUAACUCCCCACAGCCUGAGGGACCUUGUUUGGACCCACAGACAGAUGCUCACCCCAUUCCAGCUGAGAGCACAGAACCAGAAACUGAUGAACCACAAACAAUCUUCUCUCCACAAAAAGAAAGCACGCCAGAGGACUCUCCACCAGCUCAGCCCAAGUCCCUGCUCGACACCUCCUCUCAGAAGAAGCCCAAAGAGAAGCAGAAGGCCUCCCCCAAGCUGGAACAACCGCAGCGACGAGUUACACGCAGGCAGCUUCAGCUUGAGGAGUCGUCAUCGCCUAAAACUUAUGGCAAAAAACUCAGAUCGUCUGAGCAACCAUCAUCCUCUCCCCAGCCCUCGAAGAAAACUAAAUCAGCCGUUAAGUCCACACUUCAAAAAGACACAACAGUAGACCAGCCGCCUUCUAAGAGAGCCAGAGGAAAGAGUGCAGUGGCAGAGAGUCAGCAGGAGGAGAGUGGACAAGCUACCACCUCUGAAACAGCACAAGCAGAUACAGGAUCUAAUUCAGUGCCACAGAAAGCAGAGAAGAAAAAUGAAAAGAGAAAGUUGGGGAUUCUAGAGUUGGCUACAAAGGAGUUUGAAGAUGAAAGUGAGUCUGACGAGGAUGAAGCUCCAGAUCUCCGAAACCCAACCGAAACAGCGACGAUGCAGCCCACAUCGACAGACUCCACUGCAGAUGCUGCUUCCACGCAGUCCAACCCUGAACAUGGACCCGGCCUCCAGGAGAACGUGCAGCAGACCCAGGCCUCCAGUAGCAACUGCCCUGAGCCUGCAGCCACUAAGGCCGUCAAUGCAACCUCUGAGGCCCACCUGUUCAUAUUCGACAGUGAAUCUCAGGAAGAAGACUCUCAGUCCAUUGUUGGUGACAAUACAGUAGCUCCAGCCAAAGCACAGCCAAGAGUGAACAAAGACGCUGAUUUUUCACUGACUCAGGUUCAGUUGGAAGAGGACAAGCAGCUAAUCAGAGAGUUGAUGAACCAGACAAACCAGGACUUAGUUACUGUGACCAAAGCCCUGUUGAGAACCAGCGGAGACUUUUCUGAUGCCCUGGAUCUGCUUUUGAAUCCCUCCUGCUUUUCAGGACCCUUUUGGGAUCGCUCUGACGAUAACCUUUUGCGGUCAGCUGAUCUUGUGGUCCGACAGCAGCUGCAAGAGAAGUACGGUGAGGAGGCUGUAGCAAAAAGAAUCGUGUUCCUUGAGAUAGAGGGAUGAAAAUGAAAUACAGAUAUCUAGUAUAGACAGAAAGGAGGAGAAUAGAAGAUCUGGACAUAAGGUUUCUCUGUUGCUGACCCCGUUUCUUUCAAAUUGAAAAUUAACCUCUCCUUCAUUGCUGCUCCUCUUGAUUAACUUUGAAGAAAUAAAAUCAUAUUUGAGGAUUCAAAUUUCCCAGACGGUUUAACUUUUAAAAGUUUUUAGGUAAAUUAAGUCAAGGCUAUUAUUUGUGCUAUGCUUGAUACCUUUGUUUGGGAACAGAAUUGUUUAAUGUGUUUUAGCAAGAAAAUACUAUAUUAUGUAAAACUUUUACGUGUCUUGUUUGUUUUCAUUAAAUUGCAUAAUAAAUAGUUCAGUACCAUUUUAAAAACGCCUGCUUUACAUUAUUAAAUACAUCUCCUUUUUUAUAUGUAUUGUAUUUCACCACUUAUUUUAACAAAUUGCAUUUGAAAGGUUAACAGAAAAAUUACACUUCAGCCUUGUAUGAAAUCUGUGAUAGGAGGAGCUCUAGUUGUUUCAGAUUAACUCAGAAAAAUUUUAGAUCAAAAUAAGCUCAAUUGGUUCCCUUUAACCAAAAAGAGUCACUGCUCUCAGUGUAGCAAAAUGUGCAAGUUCUUGCAUUUUUUAUACACUAUCACCCUGUCUGGUUACAAUUUCCAAGUGAAAGUAAAAAGGUCAGAUUUAGGUGUGUGAGCAAUUGAUAUCCACCGUAUAGUUAACUGAAAAUAAUGUGUAUAAAAAUAAGGUCUGUUCAUUCAGCGCACGCUCUGGACAAAACUUCUUUUGUACUAGUACUACUACAAACAAUUACCAGUUUGAGUAAAGUCAUUAAUCUUUACAAAACUAGAUACUGAACUGGUUAGAUUUUAGAAGAGUGAUUAUUUGAUUACAGAAAUCACACCUUCCAACAGUUAUUUAACAAUUAUAACUAUGUAUGUAUAAAUCACUUUGACUAAAGCAUAGACUGUACAUAAUAAUAAUAAACUUUAUUCAUAUAGCACUUUCCAAAAGAAGGUUUUACAAAACACAAGUUAAGGUAAUAUAACUAGGCACAAUGCCCCUUAGAACUUUAAAAGUUGAUUUAUCUUUUAAAUAAAUUCUAAAAACAAUUGAAAGCCAGUGUAUGGACCGGUUAAAUAUUGUGGUCUUUAUUUGUUACACUUAAAGUCCUAUCAGCAGAAUUUUGAACGAGCUGCAGGGAGGAGGGUAAACAGGGCAUUAAAGUAUAUUAUAUUAACAAAAAACAUGUGAAACCUACUUUUUUUUAAAAUAAAAAAUAAGCAAAUUAGCCUGAAUUUGUAUCCAAUCAACCGUUUUAUUUUAUUUUACUCCCAAUAUCAAUUGAGUACAUUCAUAAUUGUGACACAAUCUGCCCCAGACCCACAUGAAUAUAUUGUAUCAAUUGUUUAAACAAAAUAAUAAUUCCACAAAUCUAAGAGAGAAAAGCAAUUAAAUUAAAGCAGACAAAUCAACCAC